GGUCUCAGGCCAGAGAUGUGUGGAGUGAGCGCCCCGUCAGGGGAGGCAUUCAAGCCAAAUGCUGGCAGAGCACCUGCUGUAGUUCCGUAGUGGAUGUCUACGAUCAGGUGAGGCCGGGGCGGGGUGAGAGGCGUCCCCUCCUCGAGCCGAGCCCCGACCCACGCUGCGCCCCUUCGCCCGCUCCGCGCGCUAGCACAGACCCCCGGUACGGCCCACCCCGGACGCCCCGCCCAGCCCCACACCCCGGCACCUACGACGCCCCCACACUUAGUGCCAGGCGCACGCCCAGCCCAGGCUGCGCCCCCUGACAGCACUCCAGGCCGCCCCAGGUCCCUGCCCCACCUCCGCGCCAUGCUCCUAGCCUCGGCCCCGCCCCGCGUUCCUGGCUGGCCUCGCGGCCCCUCUGCGCUGCCCGGACCCCGCGGUCCCCAGCCCAGCCUCUCGGUUCCCCGCGUCCCGGGUCCCACCCCUCCAGCGGAGGCGCCCAGCGGCAGGGGCUGGCGCAGGAGUGGGCGCUUGCUCAACUCGCGGUCAGAGGAACCGCUGCUCGCUAGAUGCGGCGACCAGAAUGUUCCUGGAGCCCCAGGAAACUAUGCCCCAGACGUCCGUUGUCUUCUCCAGCAUCCUUGGGCCCAGCUGUAGUGGACAGGUGCAGCCUGGCAUGGGGGAGCGUGGAGGCGGGGCCGGUGGUGGCUCCGGGGACCUCAUCUUCCAAGAUGGACGCCUCAUCUCUGGGUCCCUGGAGGCCCUGAUGGAGCACCUUGUUCCCACAGUGGAUUAUUACCCCGAUAGGACGUACAUCUUCACCUUUCUCCUGAGCUCCCGGGUCUUUAUGCCCCCUCAUGACCUGCUGGCCCGUGUGGGGCAGAUCUGUGUGGAGCAGAAGCAGCAGCUGGAGGCCGGGCCUGAAAAGGCCAAGCUGAAGUCCUUCUCAGCCAAGAUUGUGCAGCUCCUGAAGGAGUGGACGGAGGCCUUCCCCUAUGACUUCCAGGAUGAGAAGGCCAUGGCCGAGCUGAAAGCCAUCACACACCGUGUCACCCAGUGCGACGAGGAGAAUGGCACAGUGAAGAAGGCCAUUGCCCAGAUGACGCAGAGCCUGUUGCUGUCCCUGGCCGCCCGGAGCCAGCUCCAGGAACUGCGCGAGAAGCUUCGGCCACCGGCUGUAGACAAGGGGCCCAUCCUCAAGACCAAGCCACCAGCCGCCCAGAAGGACAUCCUGGGCGUGUGCUGCGACCCCCUGGUGCUGGCCCAGCAGCUGACUCACAUUGAGCUGGAUAGGGUCAGCAGCAUUUACCCUGAGGACUUGAUGCAGAUCGUCAGCCACAUGGACUCCUUGGACAACCACAGGUGCCGAGGGGACCUGACCAAGACCUACAGCCUGGAGGCCUACGACAACUGGUUCAACUGCCUGAGCAUGCUGGUGGCCACUGAGGUGUGCCGGGUGGUGAAGAAGAAACACCGGACCCGCAUGUUGGAGUUUUUCAUUGAUGUGGCCCGGGAGUGCUUCAACAUUGGGAACUUCAACUCCAUGAUGGCCAUCAUCUCUGGCAUGAACCUCAGUCCUGUGGCGAGGCUGAAGAAAACUUGGUCCAAGGUCAAGACAGCCAAGUUUGAUGUCUUGGAGCAUCACAUGGACCCGUCCAGCAACUUCUGCAACUACCGCACAGCCCUGCAGGGGGCCACGCAGAGGUCCCAGAUGGCCAACAGCAGCCGUGAGAAGAUUGUCAUCCCUGUGUUCAACCUCUUCGUUAAGGACAUCUACUUCUUGCACAAAAUCCACACCAACCACCUACCCAACGGGCACAUUAACUUCAAGAAAUUUUGGGAGAUCUCCAGACAGAUCCAUGAGUUCAUGACAUGGACACAGGUAGAGUGUCCCUUUGAGAAGGACAAGAAGAUUCAGAGUUACCUGCUCACGGCGCCCAUCUACAGCGAGGAAGCUCUCUUCGUCGCCUCCUUUGAAAGUGAGGGUCCUGAGAACCACAUGGAAAAAGACAGCUGGAAGACCCUCAGGACCACCCUCCUGAACAGAGCCUGAGGCGGAUGCAGCCCGCGACGCCAGAGGAAGCACGCGCACUAACUGGGUUUAAAUUUCGACUGAUGUGGGUUGAGAUGAGGAGGCCUCACUGGUUGGGGUCCAUUUUGUAUAUAACUUUUAUGAGAAAAAAAAUGGUAAUUAUUUCAUGCAUCAACCUUUGGCACUUACAAAGUUUUUUUGUUUAUUUUAAAUAACAGGGCAGGGCCCUGCUUUGGGGAGGGAGAGGGGAGAGUAUCAUGGGAGAUGGCAUCCAUGAUAACAUCUUAUUCUAAUGAAAUGUAGAUUUUUAUUUUCUACUUUUGAUUAUUAACAUCUUAUGAAAAAAAUAUUUUAAAAAACCCAACCAAAACCAACGUGAGCCCUGCCUGCUCGGACGCCUUUCCAGCCAGUGUCUCUGACGUCGGGGUUAGUGCCUUAGAGGGUACUGGGGUCUGGUCUUCCUGCUCUGUGGUUCGGGCUGCGGUGAGUCCCACUCCAUCUGGGUGCCUGCCCUCAGGAGGGCUGGUGGCUGGGAGGUCACGUCCGCACACUUCUGGAAGUGAGCCUUUGAGUACAGGCUGUCCAAAGUUUACAUUUUCAUUUUCCUUUCAGGGAUUUGUGGGGUCAGGGAGGGGCAGGGGGCACCUGGCAGCAUAUUUUCUGUGACAAUGUGUCCAGCAAAUCAUUCUUCAACUACAUUUUAGAAAGCAGGAAAUCUAAAAUAAGGGAGGGAAGCAUGGAGUUGUCAGUUUUUUGGGCUGCGACUGAAAGACACACUGAGCUGUGAUGAAGAAAAAUACACGGCUGACUCCAGGGUGGUGACAUUUAGAGCUAGCCUUGAAACCUACCUACAGAGGGGAGGGAGCCAACAGCCCUCCUCCCACCUGGGUGGGCAGCGCCCCUAAUUGGAAUUAGAAACAAAAUUCGCCAGGCCAUACUGCUGGAGCUCAUUCAGAUAAAACUGCCCAAUACUGAGAGGUGUUUUCUACACCCAGCUAGAGGAGCACACUCCAUUUUCCCAUGUCUGACUUCCUGGUGUGAGCCCUGGGCACUACUGACCAUGGCACAGGACAGCUGUCCUUCAGAAAGCGUGAGGUCCAUCCACGCAGACCGUCUCCCUCGCAGGAAUUCCGCACCCUCGUCCCUCUCUGCAUUCCCGGCUUCUGCAGGAGCCUUGAUUAAUGGGGAAGCCUGGGUGAGGAUGGGCCAGGUCCCAAUUCCCAAAGCUCCUGGGAGAGCCUGAAGACACUGGGAGAGGCUGGGCCUGGGGAGGAGGCAGCCCUAGGCCCGCUGCCCAUGCCUCUGGUCCUGGGUGGAGCAGGAAUAGUUCCACUGUAUUGUCACAGUGUGUUUGCACUUUCUGAGGUUCUAGCUAGUACAGAUUGUAUAUUGAUAGUACAUAUUGCUUUGUUUAUGUCUUUGAGAUGAGAAAGGCUUAAAACUUGAGAAUAUAUAUUUGGAAUACAGCCUUAGAAUGGUUUCUGUACACAUCCACGUGCACUUCACGGGUGAUCAGUUCUAGUACCUACUUGAAACAGUGUCUAUGUUUGCUACUUUAUUUUCCCAAUUUGAUACAUACCCUGAUUUGAUGUUUUGGUAUUUAAGAUGAACUCUGAGUAUGAAGCUGUACCAUAAUGCAGGAUGUCAGUUUUGGUGUGACUGGACAUACUUGCUUCAAUAAAAGAACACGUCACUCCCC